GUGCGAGCUCAGUGCGAAUCGUGCUCUGCACGAGUGUUCGUCCAGUCUAAUCAGAAGGGUAGUGAAACUUAACCGCACGAGGACACUGAGCGUCUACAGAUAAGGAAAAAUGACGGAAAGACAACCGAUUUACAAAUUAAUCUACUUUAACGCUCGUGGUCGUGCCGAGCAUAUCCGCUAUAUAUUUGCAUACGCUGACAUUGACUAUGUCGACGAGAGAAUCCUCAAAGAACGCUGGCCUGAAUUGAAGAAAUCAAUGCCUUAUGGAAUGCUGCCAGUGCUGGAGAUAGACGGGAAACCGAUAGCGCAGAGUAACGCGGUAGCAAGAUACUUGGCGAGGAAGCACAAUCUAACCGGUAGGAACGAAUGGGAGGCAAUGAUGUGCGAUGUGCUCGUCGAUACUCUUGGAGAUUUAAAGCAAUUUAUAUCUCAAUAUCGUACCGAGGAAGAUCUCUUCAAAAAAGAGGAGAAAAAGAUGAAAUUGCUGAAGGAAACAAUACCAUUUUAUUUGAACAAGUUUGAACAUAUUAUUAGUGAAAAUGGAGGUUACACCGUUGGUACGACCACGACAUGGGCAGAUUUUGUUUUCGCAGUAGCUCUUGAAAAUUUCGAGAAUAUUUUUGGAACAAUGGCUUUAGAAAAUUAUCCAGGUCUUCGUGCAUUGAAAAAAAGAGUUCACGAAAUACCUAGUAUUGUUACUUGGCUAUCUAAACGACCACAUACGGAAUUUUAAAAAUGUUUGAAAUUACACGAGGAAAAUGGUGAAUGAUAAUAUGUCUAUGUAUAUUUUGUGUAUAUAUUUCGUCAAGUAUUAUUGUGUUAGCCAACACAAAAUUACAAAUAUCUUUAACAAGUUUA